UCCCUCCGCACUGACAGCAGCUCUUCGCGGUUUAAACUUGCAGCCACACUGAACCAACUCGUCCCUUCCUGCCGUCUUCUCCCAGGUUUUUGACUUUUUAAGUGCCAGAGUGUUUUUAGUAAUGUGUUAAAGUGUGUGGAGCGGCGGCUCUUCACCGGGAGGAGUUACCCGUUUUGUGUUCAGUUGAAAAGCAGCGGGGGGAAAUGUCCAGCUGAGGACUGGAAAUCCUGAAAAACGCAGGGCCUGUUUCUGUAAUGAUUGAUCAAUGCUUGGACAAUGGCGCUAAAGGCACAAGUUUUAUAUGACUUCACCGCUGAGGCUGGAAACAACGAGUUGUCGGUGAAAGAAGGCGAGACUCUUACCAUCACCAAUCAGAAUAUCGGAGGCGGCUGGAUUGAAGCUCAGAACUCCAGAGGAGAGGUUGGACUGGUGCCAGAAGACUACAUUGAGUUUGGUAGGUCGCUUCCCGCGUUUCCAGCAGCGGCACCUCCUCCAAGUUUGGGAAAUGUCGCAGUUCCAGACCUGUCCAUCUUUGAUUCCUACGCUCCCACAGCAGCACCUGCACAAAACCAGGUGGAUGCUGGGGGCUUAAGUCCCCAGCCGGACACCCCUGAUACCCCAGUUUCCCCCUACCUUUCGUCCCCUGAUGAGGCGAGCAACGGUAAUGAUCCCUGGUCGGUGUGGAACGCAGACCCCUCGGGGGGCUCCAGCAACAACUGGGCAUCCAAUCCAGAGGGCACCCAGACUGGGAAGAGUGCUGCUGACCCCUGGAGCGCUGUACCACAGGGCCAUCCACAGGCUUACCAGGGCCCAGACAUCUACCCGUAUCCUUACCUUAUCGAUUACACAGGAGCGGAGGAUGACGAGUGGGAUGAUGAGUGGGAUGACAUGAAGUCCACUGGAGGUUACGCCGAGUCAGAAUCUGGAGACGGUGGAGCAAUACAGAGAGGAGGAGCUCAUGCAUCUUCAAUGAAAAUCUCCCUCAACAAGUUUCCUGGGUUCUCCAAGUCUGGUCCAGAGCUCUACCUCCUAUGCAAGCAGCUCGCUAAAGGCAAAGAGAAGCUGCCAAUCUAUAUUGGAGAAGUUGGUCCAGUGUGGUUUUACCCAGAGACACAGCUGGACUGUGUGGUGGCUGACCCCAAGAAAGGCUCGAAGAUGUACGGCCUCAAGAGCUACAUCGAGUACCAAAUCACACCCAAUACCACAAACCGAGCAGUCAAUCACAGAUACAAGCACUUUGAUUGGCUGUAUGAGAGGCUGCUAGAAAAGUUUGGGUCAGCCAUCCCCAUCCCCUCUUUACCAGACAAGCAGGUGACAGGGCGGUUUGAAGAAGAGUUUAUAAAAAUGCGUAUGGAGCGGUUGCAGGGCUGGAUGACCAGGAUGUGCAGGCACCCGGUUGUUUCCAGCAGCGAAGUUUUCCAGAUUUUCCUCAACCACAAGGAUGAGAAGGAUUGGAAGAUGGGGAAGAGAAAAGCAGAGAAGGACGAGGUAGUGGGAGUGAUGAUCUUCUCCACAAUAGAGCCUGAAGCUCCGGAUCUGGAUCUUGUGGAAGUGGAGCAGAAAUGUGAGCAGUUCAGCAGGUUCACCAAAUCCAUGGAUGACGGGGUGAAGGAGAUCCUCACAGUGGGCCACGAGCACUGGAAGAGAUGCACAGGCCCUCUGCCUAAAGAGUACCAGAGAAUUGGCAAAGCUUUCCAAAACCUCUCUUCUGUCUUCACCAGCAGUGGAUACCAAGGCGAGUCAACCCUGACUGAUGCCAUGACAGCAGCAGGCAAGACAUAUGAGGAGAUCGCUCAGAUGGUGGCAGAGCAGCCCAGAAAAGACCUUCACUUCGUCAUGGAGACCAACAAUGAAUAUAAAGGUCUUCUCGGAUGCUUCCCAGACACCAUUGGAGUCCAUAAGGCAGCCAUAGACAAGGUGAAGGAGGCUGACAAGCUGGUGGCCACCAGUAAAAUUACCCCUCAGGACAAAGUCACCAUGGCCAAACGAGUCAGCACCAUGUCAUACGCAUUGCAAGCUGAGAUGAACCACUUCCAUAGCAACCGUAUCUAUGACUACAACAGGGUCAUGCAGUUGUACUUGGAGGAGCAAGUCAAGUUUUACGAGACGAUUGCUGCAAAGCUGAGACAAGCACACAGUCAGUUCACUACAAUGUGAAAGCAACGGCCUUCAGUCUCGCACUACAAGACAAGAGGAGUUAAACCAGCUCUACAUCCAAAAUAUUAUGCUUACACUGCAUUCUUUUCCCUCCCUUUAAUUUAAAUUUCACUUCUCUCUUUCUCUCGCUCUUACCUCAUCCCUUCCUGUACUGCUCGUGCCAACAGUCCGAGCUCAUGGUGUAACUUUCACCCGCCGCUCUCAAUAGUCUCUGAACAGUUAAUGAGAAUGUGCAGCAGCUGAAAAGGCUUCGACACUUUUUUAUUUUAGGGCCUGCAAUGACAACAGAACAAGACACACUUGUUAAGCACACCAUUUCCUCUGCCCACAGUCUGCAGCUUGUGACACAGGAAGUAAACGUCAUAAAUUGCUAAAAUGCAUGAGUGAAAUCCCAGAGUUUCUCUAAUGCGAUGCAAGUUUUGUACAGCUAUAGCUGCCAACAUGCCUGUGCUCAUGUUAUAUCUACUUAUUUCAAAGCAAUACUCUGCAGUUUUUCAUUUUCCAUGUUGAAUGGUGAAGGAAAGGAUUCACAUGUUGUCUGCACAGUGCUGUAGUGACGCCGAAAAACCAAAGCCAUCCUCCAGUCUGUCAGUAGCAGGUGGGGCUGAUUUCUGAAUGCAACCUGGCAACAAAUUAGAGCUUUACUUUCUUUUUCUCACCAAUAUUUAAUUAUGUUGCCUCUUAUUAGUACCGUUAAAGGAGCAGUGUGUAGGAUUUACUUGCCGAUCGCAACUAGCUGAAACUCUCCUGUGUGCCGAACUGAGCUCCUGGAUAGUAUUCCUUCAGUGAUCAUUGUUCAGGAGGUUUCUACAGCGAGCCGAAUUAUCCACAGACUUCUCUUCCUCUCCAAAACAAACUAAUCAGGUGAUAAAAACUAGUAAAAGCACUAAAUCAAGCAGUGUUAUGCUACAAAUCGGUGUUUUUCUGAUCUAGAUUGGCUUGUCGCAGACAGGCUGCCAGCCCAGCACCUGCUAAUGUGCGCUCACCUUUUCUUUGAUGAUUUAAGAUCCAGACGUUCGGGAGGUUUUUAGUGGGAGCGGGAUUAUUUGCAGAGGUCUCUUCCUCUCCUACACAAGCAGAUCUGGUGAUUUAAACCAGUGGAAACAUAGAAUGGAGCAGUUUCACGCUAAAAGUCAGCAUUUUUCCGACAUCGUUCCACUCGUCAUAGAAGGGCUGCUAACUAUGAAGGCUAACGUGAAAACGCAAACAGCCCCAUUGAGUGCAAAUGUUUGGUUUGUCCCUUCUGGGCAAGGACCCGCUCCCCAUAGAGAGCUGCAAGGAUGACAUUUUUUUGUAGGCCGACAUGGAAGUUAGCAUCGCCCUGGUUCCCUCGUCAAAAAGCCGAUGUGAUUUUUCCAUUGGAUUUUGGAUUAUUGCUGAAAAUAAACUCCGUGGAAAACAAACAUUUAGGACACUUAACCCUUUUUGUUCAGCAAGAUAAUCCUCACAAAUUAUUUAUAAAAGAAAAAGGAAUAUUUAAUUAACUAUAAAGGAGCUACAUUAAGGCCGUAUGACUUCAACGUCACCAGAAGGGGGCUGUAAAGCUGUGUUUAGCCACUUGUUACCAACUGUCUUUUUUUAAGACACCUAAGGCUUCAAAAUUCAUGAGUGGGGUAUUAACUGAUGUAUUUUAUGGCGUAGAAUGUAACGUGAAAGUCUCUUCAGCUUGUGUUAACCACAGAUCUUAUUUUAGGCAUUCAACCUAAAACCCAUUCCGUAAGACGAGGAAACCAGGAGUGCAAAAAUAAUAAGUCAUUUCUGUGUUUUAGAACUCUAUAAAACAAAAACAUGUCGAUCCUUAUUUUCAGGUGAACGUACACUUAAGAAAACGCACUUACUGUAUUGUAUUCCAUUUCUACCUAUACAUCUGCAUAAAUCCUACACACUGGACCUUUAACAUUUGACAAAGCCCUUACAUCUUUGUUAAAAGCAGUGGAGCAAUCACUUCAUGAAUCCAAGUGUUGGAAGAGUCGUCAAAGGCAAAGUGUGUCCUCUGUAUGUCCACUGCUGGCAUUCCCUAGCCCCCCCUUCAUCCUGCACUUCCUCAAAAGCUAACAGGAAGCUCCACCUCCUUCCUGUCUUGCCCCUUUGAGGAAAAUAGAAAUGGUUGACUGAGUUGCUCCCCUCCUAGCCUGCGUACCAUGACACUGCAGUUUACAUUUCAGGAGAGGUGACAAUGUGGGAUAAAUGAUACUGGAGUUUGGGUUCAAUUAAUCGCUCCCUCCUUCUCUCUCUCAGUUUUCCUGAAAAAUGUUUGUCCUUUUUGUUUUGUCCAGAUUACGGUGUUUUAUAUGAAGGUGUAACAGCAACAUUAGCUGUAAGGUUCUGUACUUUGAGAAGAGUUUAGGACGGAGCCAUGGAGGAUGUCAUGUAUGCAAUUUUGCUUUUCACCACCCAGUUUUCAAUCAGUCUAUAAUCUUGUUCACUCUUUUUCUUAUCACUUGAUACAUGAAAUAUACAUAUAUAUAUAAAUAUAUAUAUUCUAUCUGACCUAUCAGGUGCUUCUUGUCAUUGAGAUACUAUUUUAUGUAUAGGAGUAUUUGCAAUACAGUGUAACUCAAAGAGGAGCAAAAAUUCUAUUUGAUUUAUUAAACAAUGAUUUGUACUCAU